AUGUCGAGUCGUUUUGGCUUCCACACUAACCAUUUUGGGAUAUCGGAAGAAGAACUUGAAUAUGAUGAAGAUGAUCCAUCAUGGUUCAUCACAUCACCAGGUGCAAAUGUCCUCCAUGGGAGGUAUGAGUCAGCCAAACCAUUUGUUGAGAAAAUACAAAGUCAGCAACGAGCAUUUUUGGAACAAAAACUGGAAGAGCGGAGAGAACUCCGUCAAGCAAUACGUGAAAGGGUCUUGCGUGAUUUUGACAAAAAGUUGAAACAGCAUAUGGCAAAGUUUCAGCCAAAGCCUCGAGGACAGCUAGUAUUAGAAUUAUUUCUUGCACAACAGAAAAAGGAGCUAGAAGAAUCUUUCAGCAAAAGACUAAGCAAAAAUUAUGUUCCCGAAUCAGAAUCCGUUUCUGGUCCAUUAAGAAGUGUCAGUGAUUUAAUAUCACAUCAUUCCAUGUGUAAACCUACACUACUAGCGAAAUCGACUUCCACUAUAUCAAAAUCUCAAUUACCAGCGAAGACUCCUGCCUCAGUCUCUUCCUUAAGACCAGCAGCUAUCAUUGAUAAAGCAACAUCGAACAUGUUUUCAGCAUCAUCUUUAGUAACCGCUGUCAGUUUUACACCAGCUAUCAAUGCAGUUUCUUCUAAUGUUGAUCGAGUAAUUCCAAAAAUCACUGCACCGUCUCCUGUGCACAUUGCUUUGACAUCGCCCUCACUAUCCUAUCCAACUGCCAAAAUUCAGCAGCAGUCUAGUAUUUCGUCUGCACUUGCUUUUUGUCCAAAAAAAACUAGCACAGCUGUCUCUGUCUCCUCGCUAAAAACAUUUAAAGGUGGCCAUGCGACGCUCACGAGAACGGAUUCCGUUUCCUCAUGCAGAUCGUCAGCUUCAAGAAAUACUUCAUGGCCUAUGCAGCAGAUUGUUGAAGAGGAACAGUCUCUAUCAAACGAAACAAGUAUCACUGCUGCGGCUAAGGAAAAUGAAUCGAUAGAUCAAUCUUUGUCAAAAUUAAGAUCUCUAGCUAUAAGUAGCAAAACAUCGAAUGAUGCAGACGUUAAAAGUUCCAGUCAAUGUCAUCAGAUUUAUGGACAUGAAAUAGCUUUCGCCAGAACUUUUAUGGCAAAUAUAGCUAAUAUAUCUGAUUCCGUUAAAAAUGAACUUAAAUGUACGAUAAAGGAGAAGAUUUCGAUAUCAACGAAGAAAUUUGCAAAACGAACUGAUAUUGCUCAAAUUGUUCGUUUCUUUAGCAAUUUGCUCAAUGGUUUGACAGUUUAUGGUUUUAAUGACAAAAUGAUCAAUUUAAAGGAUGACACACUGGCUCGUAAUUGGGCUAUGGCUCAUAUCAUCGACACAUAUCUGGAUCUUGUUCCACAGGAUGUAGGUCUGUUAAAAGUUGUGGCUGCUGUUCUGGCAUCGCUGGCUUUGCCUUCAGUUACUUUUACGAAACUUCUCUAUGGAAAAUUGUUUAUCGCAUCGCCUCUUUUGGCAGUCAAUCACAAUGAAUGCUUAAAAUGUAUUCUGGAUUUGAAAAAGCGUUCAGAAAGAUUUGCUGAAGCGAUGGUAGCAUGGUAUAGUCGUGAAAUCGCCAUCAUAAGUUUAUUCAUUGCUUUGAAAAUGUCUAGUGAAAGUGCUGAUCUCCAAACAACACCAAAAAAUCAUGGUUUAGGAUUGAUGUGGAAAAUGAUUGCUGUAACAGCUGCUGGUAAUUCGGCCUUCGGUGCUGUAUUAAUAACAGAAAUUUUAAAGCAGCAUUGGACUAUGAUGCAUAAAGUCUAUGGUAGACAAAUUGAAAAGUUGAUAAACCUAAUUAAUAGGUCAGUUCUGCCUCAGUGGAGAGCUUCACUUGAGAAAGUUGCAGCAGACGAUUUGGAAGUGAAUGAAACUAUUCGAAAUGUUGCGGAAAAUUAUUUGACAUCACUCAGAUUUACUAUUGAUGAUUGUUUGUUAUCGUUUCGUUCACAAUGA